AUGAACCCGGAGAGUUUCGCGGCCGGUGAGAGGCUGGUGUCGCCGACCUACGUGCGGCAGGGCUGUGAGGCUCGCCGCACGCACGAGCACCUCAUCCGGCUGCUUCUGGAGCAGGGCAAAUGUCCAGAGGAUGGUUGGGAUGAAAGUACACUUGAACUCUUCCUGCAUGAACUGGCUAUCAUGGAUAGCAACAAUUUCCUGGGCAACUGUGGUGUGGGAGAAAGGGAAGGGAGAGUGGCUUCCGCUUUAGUUGCUCGGCGUCAUUACAGGUUCAUUCAUGGAAUUGGACGAUCGGGUGAUAUUUCUGCUGUGCAACCAAAAGCUGCAGGUUCUAGCCUUUUGAACAAAAUUGCCAAUUCUUUGGUCCUGGACAUCAUAAAGAUGGCUGGUGUCCAUUCAGUGACCAACUGCUUUGUAGUACCUAUGGCAACUGGUAUGAGUCUAACUCUGUGUUUCCUAACAUUACGACACAAAAGACCAAAGGCAAAGUAUAUUAUAUGGCCUCGAAUAGACCAGAAGUCCUGCUUUAAAUCCAUGAUCACUGCAGGUUUUGAGCCUGUAGUGAUAGAGAAUGUUUUAGAAGGUGAUGAGCUGCGCACAGACCUAAAAGCAGUAGAAGCUAAAAUCCAGGAACUUGGGUCUGAUAACGUGCUGUGUGUUCAUUCUACUACAUCCUGUUUUGCUCCAAGGGUACCUGACAGAUUAGAAGAACUGGCUCUUAUUUGUGCUUCUUAUGGUGUUCCACAUAUAGUCAACAAUGCUUAUGGAUUGCAGUCUUCAAAGUGUAUGCACCUCAUUCAGCAGGGGGCUCGGGUUGGAAGAAUAGAUGCUUUCGUUCAGAGCUUGGACAAAAAUUUUAUGGUUCCAGUAGGUGGCGCUAUAAUUGCUGGCUUUAAUGAUCUCUUCAUUCAGGAAAUCAGCAAGAUGUAUCCAGGAAGAGCUUCAGCUUCACCUUCUUUAGAUGUCCUUAUUACUUUAUUAUCACUUGGAUCAAAUGGCUAUAAGAAGCUAUUAAAAGAAAGAAAGGAAAUGUUUUCAUAUUUGUCCAUCCAACUAAAGAAGCUGGCAGAAGCCUACGAUGAAAGACUGUUGCAUACACCUCACAAUCCCAUAUCUUUAGCUGUGACACUUAAGACACUGGAUGAGCAUCGUGACAAAGCUGUCACUCAACUUGGCUCAAUGCUUUUUACCAGACAGGUUUCUGGAGCCAGAGUUGUGCCUCUUGGGGCUGUGCAAACUGUGAGUGGUUACACUUUCCAAGGCUUCAUGUCACAUACAAAUGAUUACUCUUGUGCCUACCUCAAUGCUGCCUCAGCCAUUGGAAUGAAGACACAGGAUGUGGACUUGUUUAUAAAGAGACUGGACAAGUGUUUCAAGAUAGUAAGAAAAGAACAAAAUAGAGAGAGUGAUGGAUCUGGGGUUGACAAUGACAACACUGAAGAUGCGGUUACUGAAGAAAUGGGCUUAAAACUAGAGAAUGUAUUUCUUGACAAGUUCGAGGAUUCUUCAUGA